AUGAGCAAUUUCGAGCUUUUGGCUCAUGCAGCCCAAUGUAAAGGCUCUGCUGGUGUGCACGAGUACUUGCAAGAGCAUCGUCUAGUGGCUCCUGACUUUCUGCAAGAGCUCAGCACACCCAUUCUUCUAGGCGUUGAAGAUAAAGAUGAGGACGCGACGGCUGCAGACUUUGGUAUUUGUAUGGAAAAAUUGAAUCUGAGAGUGCAGCGUGAUAUAUGGAGUGCAUUGGCGAGCGGGGCUUCUCCUUGCGCGGACACGGCUGUAAGCCUCGCACGCGCUUUUCUUAGAGUGACAGCGAUACCGCGACGUCGCGAGAUUGACAAUGUAUGCCUCUUGCUUGCGAAGAUGGUGUUGCAAGAAGAUGCAGAUGAUCAGAAAAGGGAAAGCAAUCCGGUGGAUAAUGCUUUCCGCCGUCGAAUGCGUCGGUCUACGAUGAAUCGCGUGGAAUUCUCGUUACAGAAUGAAAAUCACGGCAAGUUAGUGACAUCUAGUAGAUUAUAUACUACCAGAUUAGCUGCAUCGCGGUCAAAAAAACGCGUGAGAGCUGAUGUCGUCCUGGAUCAAAUUUUGGUGCAAAAAACUGAGCAGCGACUAAGAGAUCAGUCACUCUCCUGCAUACCAACACCAGAACCACCAUUAAUAUCGAAAAAGAUGGAGGAUCGCGCGUCUAAUCUGGCCAAACGGCUUGACCACCUCUCAUACUCUGAAAGCACUACUGUGGCUGAUGACAUCGCUUCAUGUGUCUUUACUUUGCUGGCUGAAAUCGUUAACGACGUCCGUACGACUUAUGUAGCUAACGAGCGCAGCUUUCAGUAUCUAUGCACGGUGCUACGUAUAGACUCCGCUAAUGAUGAAGUUCUAUAUCAAAUUACUCGUGCGCUUGUUGAUUCCAACUGGAGCUCGCGGUACGCCGCGAUUUUUAUCAAAACAAGUGUUUUACCAAAGCUCUUGUUGGCUCGCUAUUACUUCCUCUGUUGGUCGGAGGCAACGAUGAUAAUUUGA